UGUAUAUGAAAUUUGGCCAAAAGAAUAAUUAAAUUAAAAUGUUUCAGCUUAAAACAAACAGGACUUGUCAGUGACAGAAUUAGCGUUAAUGCGUGACUAUAUUUACCUAACAAUAUUUCAUUGAUUGCCUGUGUUGCAUCUCUCUUCUUCUCCUCCCCUGUCAGUGUUUCAGUUAUCUUUCUGCGAGCAGCACGAUGGUUCAAAUUGUUAAAACUUCAAGUGUGGAUGGUCCUGGUCCUACUGAGUGGCUGCUGGUUGAACUCCAGGGGGAGAGGAUGUCCAGGCAGAACUCUGGAUUGGCUGGGAACCUGAUGGGAGAUCUGCUAUACACCAAAGAGGGUGUACCUGUGCUCAUUGUGGGACACCACAUCCUCUAUGGGAAGGUGGUCAAACUGGAGAAGCCCUUCGCUGUCCUGAUGAAACACUCUGGCCUCCCACAGGGGGAGAAGGUUCCCAUGGAAAUCAACCAGCAGAACCCCACCACCUACUCUAUUUCCGCCCUCAUCAAGAAGAAGCUCAUCUUCAAUACUCGCCCAAAGCCCAUCAUCACUAAUGUGCCCAAGAAAGUGUAGUGAAGUGCUUGGUCAUAUGCAUUAUAGGGCUCACUGUCGCAAAACACUUUUAACUGGAAAAAAAUUGACAAGUUCAGAUAGUCCCUGUUGCAGUCUGUUUUCUUCCRUUUUGUGUCUGUUGCAGUCUGUUUUCUUCCGUUUUGUGCCUAACGACCUUGACCCUGGUCACCUCUGUGGGAGCAAAGGACAUGCUGCACUCUUAAUGACUCCAUACCCACAAGUAUGGAGCACACAUUGCAAGACUGUGCUUGGGACACCCUCCUCUGGCUUGAGGUUAUGGGACAUCUGAAACUAGGCUGUGUGCAUAUUUGUUUUGUUAUGUCAGUGGUUACACUGCUGGAAUUUGCUAAACGCUGUGGUGUAUUAUUAAAAUAUCUUUAUUGUUGCACUUAUCAGAUGACAGGAUUUAGUAAUGCCUUGACAUGACAUUUGUACAGUGAUUAUUUUCAGAUGGGGAAGAAAUUGCCACAACAGUCGAAUGAGAAUAUUUUUUUAUUCAGAUAAAAAUACAUUUUUUUAUCAACUGCUGUACAAGUCGGAAAAAUAACUGUUUUGAUUUCAAAUACAAAACCUUUUUCCAACAACAUGUCUUGCCUUUUAUAUUUAAACAUAAUGAAAUACAUAGGUGGUUACAAUACUUUAUUUUCAGCUAUUACAUACCAAUAAAAUUUGUAUUUUCUGUUUCAAUAGCCAUAUGCUGGUGCAUGAUUCUGAGUUUUUUUGUACCCUACUACUGUAUUAGAAAUGCUAUCUUGGUUUAUUACUUUUACAUGACAGUUAUAACUAAUUGCCUGUUCUAAGUCUACAUGAAGCAUCAUCCCUAAAUCAUAAUAGGGAUGAUGGUGAUAUGAGUGAUGUCUCAUCCAUGAAACUACAAAAAGACCCGUGUAGUAAUGUUGAGCACUAGAGACAAACUACACUGAAUAACAGAUCAUUGCGCUCACUACAUCACAUUGUAAAAAAUAAUGUAAACCGCUAUUGUUUCAUGAAAUGUACAAAUCCCAUAGUUCCUUUUAAAUAUAGGUCUAUUCUUAAACCCAUAAUUAUUGUACAUCUUCAAAAUAUCUUUGAAUAUAUACAAUACACAAAAUAUAUUACUUUGCAAUAUACUGUGAAAAAUUGUCUUUAUGUAACAUUGAAUGUUGUAUGAGCUGAGAGGUUUGUUGGAUAGGCUCAACGGUUGUUCUGCGGCAUUGAGACACGCCUUAGAAAAGUCUGGUAUAGAUUUUCAGUCACAGACGUAUUGAAUAGUUACAUAAUUAUAUUCAAAACAAUUAUAAGACUGGAUUUUUUCAUUGUAAGAUAUGCUUACAAAAUAUGGCUGGACAUCUACAGUCACUCAGCAUUAUGAGACCGAUUGAUUUGUUUUCAAACAGAGGCAGGCAGUAUCAAGGAAAUCAAAAUUGCUAAUGACAAUAUUGUAGACUGAAAGCAGAUGUUCAGCCUGAUAGAUAGGCUAUAACAAAGAUUGUAUUUGACAUCUCCACACCAUACAAACGAAUGUCAGACAACACUGUCACAGUCAUCUAUAUGGUGUCCUUGCCUCUCAUUUCUUCACAUAAUCCCAACAUCUAUGUCAGAAUCAGAAGAAUCAAAAUCACCUUUAUUCGCCAAAUAAAUUUACACAUACUCAUAAUUUUACUUGCUGAUAUGCUGCUGCUAGUUUACAUACAUCAUACAUGUGCAUAGAGAGUCUUAUUACACAGUCACCUGACAUACACCCUCAGGAGUAGAAAGGGAAAGGUAAGCCACAUCUACAUGUUAAGACAGAUGAAUAAUAGAGAUUAGUUUGCUGUCUGUACACAAUGUUAAACACUAAGUUCAGUGUUCUAGCAUUCAGUACUUAUUCCUUAAAGAGGACCAAAGGGGUUGCAAGCCUCCCUAGCCUCCUAGGGGCUGUUUAUGUGUGUGUUUAGGGGAAAGGGGGAGGUCCCUUCUUGGCAUGCAAAUAGAAGUGUAACCAUAGAUGUCCACCCUUUUUGCUCCAUGAUGGCUAAAGGGACUAAUUCAUCCAGCCACACAGUACAAAAUUUCCCCCUCUGUGUCUGGCCACCCCACCCCACACCACACACAAUCUCUCUGGCUGACUGGCGUCUCUUAAUGGCCUUGUGACUCCAACAUGUUUUCCAAUACACUGCCUAAAACCAAACCCAUUAAUGACCACAAGUAACUGAAUGAAACACUUGUGUAAAUGAGGGAUGCAAAGUAUAUUGAAAGCAGGUGCUUCCACACAGGUGUGGUUCCUGAGUUAAUUAACAAUUAACAUCCCCUCAUGCUUAGGGCCAU